AUGGUGACUAGCAACUGGGACAAGUUCGUGCUGCUCCUGUGGAAGAACUGGAUCCUACAGAAGCGACACUACAUCCAGACGCUGUUCGAAAUACUCAUUCCUGCACUGUGCUGCGCGAUAUUGCUGCUCGUCCGGGGACUAGUGGAUCCGGAGUAUGUCAACAAAAACACAGUGUUUAGUCCGCUGGAGACAGACCGACUACCGUCGUUCAGUGACUUACCGAGUGAUAAGCCAAUCAUCUUCACGUUAGCCUAUUCGCCUCAGAACGAUGUGUUGGAGCAGAUCGUACGGGACGCGGUGCAGUCCCUGAACGCAAAUGAUCCACGCGCGCCACUGAACUACGCCCCGUUUAGGAACGCACAGGAAAUGGAAUCAUUCCUCGUCGAGUCGUCAUACCUAGGCGGUGUGGAGUUUGACGACCGUUUGGCCAGUCUAACCGUCGCCGAUGGGCUGCCGGACAGUUUAACAUUCGCGCUCCGUUUUCCGGGCGAGUUGCGACACGAUGAGUCUCAGUUCUCUUCCGGAACAGCCUUUAUCAAUGGCUAUGACAUUCGCACGGACAUGGAAGGUGUCCGGUCCUCGUUAGGUCUUUGCCCACAACACAACGUACUGUUCCACGAGAUGACCGUUGAAGAGCAUUUGAAAUUCUUCUCCCGCCUGAAGGGUGUGGCAAAGAGUGCGGUACCGGAAGAGAUCGAUCGGUACCUGAACCUGCUCGAACUGACCGACAAACGGAGAGCGCAAUCACAUACCCUGUCCGGAGGCAUGAAGCGUAAGCUGGCCGUCGGUAUGGCGCUUUGCGGUGGUUCUAAGGUGGUGCUGCUUGACGAACCGACCUCCGGGAUGGAUCCAUCGGCUCGCCGUGCAUUGUGGAAUUUGCUGCAACGUGAGAAGCAAAACCGCACGAUGCUCCUGUCGACGCACUUUAUGGACGAAGCCGAUGUGCUCGGCGAUCGGAUUGCGAUUAUGUCCGAAGGAAAGCUGAAGGCCGUCGGAUCGCCCUUCUUCCUCAAGAAAACGUUCGGGGUUGGGUACCGGUUGAUUUGUGUGAAGGAUUCGAUGCGUUGUGACAAGCAACGGCUAUUGAACAUCCUGCGGAGGCACAUCCCUGACGUUACCUUCGAUACGGAUAUCGGAUCGGAGCUGUCGUUUAUCCUGAAGGAGGACUACAUUGACGUAUUCCAACGGUUGCUGGAGGAUAUCGAGCAGGACAUGGCAGCCUGCGGCAUUACGAGCUACGGCAUAUCACUCACUACCAUGGAGGAAGUAUUCUUGAAAGCCGGCAGCGAUAGCUUCAAUGAGACAGCAAACCAUACCAACGGAACGGUGGUGGAGACAAACAAUCAAGAAUAUGUGCUGGAUAAAAUGCACCUGUUGACCGGGAUGGAUUUGUACAAGAACCAGAUCUGGGCUCAGGUUUUGAAAAAAUAUUUCUCGACCAUCCGAGCCUGGAAGCAGCUUGCUAUGAUGUUUUUGAUUCCAAUUUUCUUCGUCGCCAUGACGUUCAUCAUCACCAGAAGUAUAUCGUCUGGCGUUGAUCUACCCUCGUUGGAAAUCGAGAUAAGCUCUUACGAGAGAUCCAUCACCGUGCUGCAGCACUCAAGUGGAGAGACCGAGCGGGUUGCGGCCUUCCAGAGGCUGUUUGAGACACAUGGUGGUUUGGUCAACAUCCAGGAGGACAUGACCGAGUAUAUAGUGCGAAAGUCCAUCGAAGACAUUGCCACGGUCAAUACGCAGUACUUCGUUGGGGCCACCAUUACCAGUGGGGCUCCGUAUAUUGGAUGGUUCAACAAUAAGGCAUUCCAUACACUACUCUUCGGGGUAGAGUAUGGAGUUGUGCAGCGACUGUUCAGUAGGAACACCUUUAGAAAGCAAUCUGAGAAGGCUCCUUUGGAGCCGACGACUAGUUCGGACGUUGACUCAGAUGUGCUGGACGAGAAGCGUCGUAUCGCGAAUCUCAGCAAGGCGGAAAUCGAUGCGCACAACCUGUUACUGCGAGACAUGACCAAAUACUACGGCGAUUUCCAGGCCGUGAACAAACUGUCGAUUGGCAUUCAUCAUUCGGAAUGUUUUGGGCUGCUAGGAAUUAACGGAGCCGGUAAGACGACCACCUUCAAGAUGAUGACCGGUGACGAAUCAAUAUCGUCCGGUGACGGCUGGGUUCGGGGUGUCAAUCUGCGCACCGACAUGAACCGAGUGCACCAACAGAUCGGUUAUUGUCCGCAGUUCGAUGCACUGCUCGAGGAUCUCACGGGUCGCGAAACGUUGCGCAUCUUUGCGCUCCUGCGAGGAGUACGCAGCACCGAGAUCAAGAACGUGUCUUACAUUCUUGCGGAGGAACUGAACUUUGCGAAGCACCUGGACAAACGGACCAAAGCGUACAGUGGGGGCAACAAGCGGAAGCUCAGCACUGCUCUGGCUCUGAUGGGCAACCCGGCGGUUGUGUAUCUGGACGAACCGACGACCGGCAUGGAUCCGGGAGCGAAGCGACAGUUUUGGGACGUAAUCUGCAAGGUCCGCAGCACCGGAAAGUCAAUCGUCCUGACGUCACACAGCAUGGAGGAAUGCGAAGCCCUCUGUACCCGGCUCGCCAUCAUGGUGAACGGCGAGUUCAAAUGUCUCGGCUCCACGCAACACUUGAAGAACAAAUUUUCGAAAGGCUUCCUGCUGACGGUAAAGGUGGCACGCGGUACACCACAAGAGCAGUUGAAACGGAUCAUCGGAGUAAAGGACUUUGUUUCGGGCCAGUUUUUGGGUGCUGUGUUGAAGGAGGAGUACGACGACUCGCUCAGCUUCCACAUCCCGGUGACGGACCUGAAGUGGUCUCAGAUGUUCGGCCUAAUGGAAAGCCAUAAGCAAACGCUCGAAAUCGACGAUUACGCACUGGGCCAAACGUCGUUGGAGCAGGUGUUCCUGUUUUUCACCAAAUACCAACGUACCACCGAGUGA